GUGCAUUCAGUAGUAAACGUCCAGACUGUCGGUGAUUAAAAAAGUUGAAACAACUACAUUUUCCCCCUUAUUUGGGUCGAUUGGAAACGUAACAUUUAUUUACUCAUUUUAUAUUCAAUCUAAACAGACAGAAGAUGAAGAAUAAAUUUGAUAUGUUGAAGGAUGAAGACAGUGGAGAAGAAAAGGAGGAAAUUGAUGCAUCUAAAGAUCACCAAUCCGACAAAUUUGUUUGGCCAAAGGUGAAGGUUGGUCAGGGUGAGCACCAGUUACAGUUUAAGUAUUGCAUGUGGUUCUCCAAACGGACACCAGGGAACAAAGCAUCAUCAACAAACUACGAACAGAACAUCAAGACAGUAGGCAGCUUUGCAUCGGUGGAACAAUUUUGGACGCUUUACACUCAUCUUGCCAGGCCCUGUGAUCUCACAAGUAGCAGUGAUUAUCACUUAUUCAAACAGGGUAUCAAACCAAUGUGGGAGGAUGAUGCAAAUAAGAGUGGCGGGAAGUGGAUCGUGCGUUUAAGGAAAGGUCUCGCAUCUCGCCUUUGGGAGAACCUCAUCCUAGCGAUGCUUGGGGAACAGUUUAUGGUCGGGGACGAGAUUUGUGGCGCUGUUGUGUCCAUCAGAUUUGCAGAGGAUAUCAUCUCCAUCUGGAAUAGAACGUCGAGCGACGUCACGAUUAGUCUCCGCAUUAGGGACACUCUAAGGAGAGUUUUAAAUCUACCUCCGAACACCAUCAUGGAAUAUAAAACACACACUGACAGUAUCAAGGACAACUCUAGCUUUCGAAACACUGAAAUGUUCACCAAAUAACAGAUUGGAAUUCCAGGUUUGAUACUUCACCGAGGGCAAUGGAGGGCAAUAGCUUCCAUGGCCGAUGCCCUGGUGCCCCUUGAGAUGUUCCUGUAGAACUUUACACUAUUGUCAUAAAGGUACCAUCAACUAAAGGACAAACUGCCUUGCCUUUAACGGGAACAAAGUAUCAGGCCUGCUUUAAAGACAGCCACCAACCAAAGCAGCUUGUACGUUUUCUGCAUCAAUUUCUCGCACAAACAACAAGGAUUGAUGCUAUGAGCUUUUGAACAUUUCAAAGAUACAGUUUGGGAUCACUGAGAACAAGAUGGCAAAGAUAGUGAAUUAUAUCAUUUUGAAUGAUAGUGACCGCUCUUUAAUGUUCUGGAUCGGAAAGAUUUAAUCAAGUAAAGCAAAGGGACAAUUUGGGAUGACCGAGAGCAAUGUAUAACCUGGCUGAGACAAUGCAAAGUGUGGGGGUUUUGCAAUGGAGUCAUAGCACCUUUUGCCUGAAAGUGACUGUUCUUCAUUGUUCUGGAUCGGAAAGAAUUCAUGCAAGUAAAGCAAAGAGACAGUUUGGGAUCACUGGGAGCAACAUGUUUAACCUGGCAAAACAGUGCAAAGUGUGCAAGUUUUGCAAUUAGACAUACAUGUAGCCUGAUAGUGACCAUUUUUCAAUGUUCUGGAUCGGAGAGAAUUCAUGCAAGUAAAGGGACAGUUUGGGAUCACUGAGAGCAACAUAUAACCUGGAAAAGUGUGGAAGUUUUGCAAUGUAGACACAGCACCGUUUGCCUGAAAGUGACUGAUCUUUAAUGUUCUGGAUCGGAAAGAACUCAUGCAAGUAAAGCAAUCGUCAAUUGGAUUUAAUGUGCAGAACAUCUCUUCUAAAAGUUUUAAAGCAGCAAUGGUUGCUGUUAAACUGAUACAUUGUGUUUCUGCAUAUCAUCAUGUUGUAUCUCCUAAAAUGGAAAUUACGCGCAAAAUUGAACCUGCAAAAUGUUAGGGUGUAUUCACAACACGAGCAGUACUGAAAACGAGUAUUAAAAAAAGCCCAAGAUACAGUUUUUAUGCCAGAGCAUUUCCGUGCAACGCUUUUGCCAAAUAGAGAUACAACUUUUUUGCACUAAUGCAACGAUAUGUGUUGGUUUGUGUGUGCAUUCUACAAUAUACUACAUAAUGUGCAGAUUUGAAUAACAAAACUGAUUUAUGCAAAACUCAAUUUCAAGUUUCAAGUCUUAUUUGUAUAAUAUAAACAUGGAUGCGCCCACAGUGGCUUCAAAGCAAGUUUAGUUAGAGCUCUGUUAUAGCUCUCGAUCGUUUACCAUUAAAGACACUGGACACUAUUGGUAAUUGUCAAAGACAAGUCUUCUCACUUGGUGUAUUUCAACAUAU